AUGUCUACGAUCCAAGCUGCUAUGGCCCAGCUCUUACCUGCUGAGCGGCAAACUCGUGAAGGUAGAGCGUUGUUAUCGCUCAACGCCUCUAUCAACCGAACGCUUCUCACUAUCGAACCAGAGUGUCAAUUAGCCCAUCAACUACGCCGAAUUCAGACAGAGAUCCGCCGUCACAUCCUGACUACUCUUGUUGAAGAGGACACAGCAGAUACAACCGAAGGUACAGCUCAAGGACCAAGUCAACAUGAAACAUCCCUUAGGGAUGUCUUGCCUCAUCCCGACACCAUUCUUCCAAGCAUCGAGCAGGAACUACACUAUGACCCUGCCAUAGUAUCCUCGCCUACAGUUGGUGGUACACCUGACGAGGCGCCUGAACGAAAAAGACGUCCAACUACAGCAAUCAUGAAUGAGCCAGACGAUGCAAGUGGCGAAUCUCCGACAGCAAAGAAGCGAACCGCUAACAACGAAUUCGACUCAGUCACUAAGCGCCCCAAGAUAUGGCUUAGUGCAAUGACGAGAGGGCUUUUCGCUUGA